AUGGCAGACGACAUCCUCCAGUGCGUUCACAAAGAGUUCAAAUACGUGCUGAUAAGCAGCGACAUAAACGACCAAAUCAAAGAGCUAACCUUCAGUGGGAGCGAGAGGAAGUUCCAGGGCGUCCUGGCGUCCUACUUUAGGAGAAUCAUUUUUGACGAGAAGGGGAAAAAUGAGCUAAAGGAGGUCAUAAAGGAGAAGCUUAAAGUGAGCAAGGAAAAUGAUAAUGGGGGGACUGAACGAGCUGGAGCAGAGCAAGAGGGAGACCAGAACGGGCAGAAGAGCGGCCAACCGAACGGAGCAGAACUAAACGCCAGCGCAAUAACCCCAGACCUAAUCAACAACGCAGUGGAGUCAUCCCAGACGUACCAAAUAAUCCCGCUGACCAUCCCCACAGAGAAAACAAAUUUCUUCGCUGUCAACUGCUACAUUGACGACAUUGGCCGUAUAAAAAAAUUACCCUACAACAGUAGAGCCUCCAGAAUCUGCAGCACGGAAAUUUAUGGAGAUGCCUUCCUAUCGAAAACGUACGAUAAUGAGGAUUUCCGGAGGUGCGAUUUUACCAUUUCGGAAUAUGAGCAGUUUUUGCAGAACCCCCCCAAGGCCGAAAAUAGGUGGGACCAGGCGCAAGCCAUGCAAGACCUGCUGAAACAGAUGCAGACCCAGAAGGAGGAAAGCACCGCCGUCAGCAAGCCGACUGAGCGCCCGAAUGUGUGCGAACAUUGCUAUACGGAAAAAAACCUCAAGAGAUGUGGGAAGUGCAAAAAGGUCUACUACUGCUCGAUAGAGUGCCAACGAAAGGACUUUGUCUUUCACAAAAGAAUUUGCUUAUGAGGAGACUUCCCCUCCCCCGUCCACUAGCUUGUCGUUUAGGAGAGACCACCUAUUUUUUGUUUUUUUUGUUUAUCAAAUUGGCUAACACAUCCCUGUUUAUGUUUAACGCAUCGCGACUUCUCCCGCGUGAGAGGUGGCUCAUUGGGAUGAAACGAAAGAAGUAUGCCUGCCCACGUAAAAACCCUCGCGCAUAGGCAUGAACAGGCGCACCGCUAUGUUGUUGCACGUUUAUCGUUCUUAAUUUUUGAAAUCCCCCACCACACACCCCGUGUUCGCCUCGUCACUUUUGC